ACAGCUCUGACACCCAGACAGCUCUGACACCCAGACACACACAGGGCUUACACCAACAUACAUUGCCCUGUACUGCACACAGCUCUGACACCCAGACACACACAGCUCUGACACCCAGACACACACAGGGCUUACACCAACAUACAUUGCCCUGUACUGCACACAGCUCUGACACCCAGACACACACACAGCUCUGACACCCAGACACACACAGGGCUUACACCAACAUACAUUGCCCUGUACUGCACACAGCUCUGACACCCAGACACACACAGCUCUGACACCCAGACACACACAGGGCUUACACCAACAUACAUUGCCCUGUACUGCACACAGCUCUGACACCCAGUCCAGACACACACACAGCUCUGACACCCAGACACACACAGCUCUGACACCCAGACACACACAGCUCUGACACCCAGACACACACCGCUCUGACACCAAUACUCUGCCCUGCACUCCACGCACAGGACUGGGCUCAGGACACAGCCCUGCAUUAUACACAAAGGACAAAUGCACAGAGGAAAGUUUGAUACCCACACAAAGCUCUGCUUCCUUAAACACAGAACGACCUCUCAUGAAUACAUGAUAUAGAAAAAUCUUUAAGAAGUAGAAUAACAAAACAGGCUUUCUAUUGACACUUAUAGUAGGAUAUAGGCAGCAAUAUACAGAUGUGACACAUCCAUAGGUUGCACACAAAUUGUUUCAGGCUUACAAUUGCAAAUCAGAACAAACAAACAAAAAGUUGUUUAAGAUGCUUAAAGUUUCCCUAGACACGGAGAGAUGAGUUAGUGCAGGCAGCACAUCAGCCAUUUAUUUGUCCACCGUACAGAGACAGUGACUCCCAUACACAUUCGCCGGAGGAUGCACCGGAGCCCAUGAGCUGAGCAUGGAGCUCUUGGAUGACCCAUACAACCCACUGAGGCCGGCUCGCAGGACGCAGUGGCUGGUCAGUGCCCUGGCUCAUCACUAUGGCAUGGACCAGGGGCUGGAGAAUGAGAUCAUCGUGCUAGCCACUGGGCUGGACCAGUACCUGCAGGAGGUCUUCCACCACCUGGAUUGGCAGGGUGAGGGCACUAUCUCCAGGGAGGACUUCCAUACUUUGUGCAGGGUACUGGAGUUGGAGCCGGCCAUAGAGGAGUGUGAGGAGUUGCUGGACGAUCUCCCGGAGCGCCUCACCUUUCGGCACUUCCAUGCCAGGCUGUGUGGAUACUUCAGCUCUAAAGCCGGGGGACCCCGCCUCCCCAUGGGGCUGGAAAGUGAGCACAUCCAGGCGCAGAUCAGACUGCGGAGCCCAUUGAGGAGGAGGAAGACCCCAAGAAUGAGUGGCCGGUCAGAAGCAGAGGAUGAGCUCCAGACACUGGAGGAUGAGAACCACAGUCUCAGGGAACUGGUGGAGGACAUGAGGGCGGCGCUACAGAGCAGUGAUGCCCGCUGCUUGGCACUGCAGGUUGGCCUGCAUAGAAGUCAUGCAUCGGAGAGGAUGGAUGACAUCUCUACGAUUUCAAACAGGCAGGUGUUAUCCCAGAGUUACACUGUUACAACGAGAGAAGUCAACCUCAUACAGUGCUCAAGAGAUGAACAAAUGGAGGAAGUGAUUCAAAUGAACAGGGAUUUGGAAGAAGAGUUGAGUAAAACUGAGAAAGUUCUGGUUUACCUGGAGGAGAGUAACCAGCGACUGAUCAGGGAGCAGGCGGAGAUGAGGAGGAAAGUUGAAGAUGUCCAACAAGCGGUUCUGGCAUGUUAUGGGAAAGUAAAGGACUUAGAGAAAAAAUCCAGCAAAGUCCCUGCUCUCCAGAUCCAUAUAGACCAGCUGGAGACUGAGCUACAGUAUUACAGGUCAGAAAAGAUGACGGUUCAUUUGGCAACACAAGAGCAAAAGAUCUUGUCUCUGAGACCAUAUCAUGUGCUUGUCAAAUCGGGACCCAGAUCACCCACUGAAGAUGUAGAUAAUGUUCACAAUGUGGAAGAUCAGAUGUUUCGCUCAGUGGAAGGACAAGCGGCAUCUGAUGAAGAGGAAGAGAAAUGGGCCGGGGAUCCAGAGGCUGAAUUGCAAUGGAGUCUUAGCAGAGUCUCAUGUUGUGCAAGCGAAUGCGAGGACAAGAAGAUUAGGAGGCUCCUUUCUGAUGUUGAUCACAGGGAUAUGUCGGUGUUAUUGGUUGAGAGGAUCACCAGACUGACAGAAGAGCUGACAGUUAAAGAGCAGGAAAUGAGGGAUCUGGAGAUGAUGAUGGAAGAGAUGAAGGAGCCAUUCAUUGAAGAACUAGAAAGGAAAGAUGAGGAGAUUGAGCUACUUAGGAUAGACCUUCAGAUGCUGGAGACAGAGAGGGUUCGGCUGUCUCUAAUUGAGGAAAAACUUCUUGAUGUUCUACAGCUUCUUCAACAGCUUAGAGACUUGGAAAUACCUAGACAGGAACUGGGGAGAGUGUUACUGAACACACUGGCGAUGAGCAGUGAGGCUCAGCACGGGACAGAACAUGUUUUUGAAGUCUUGGACAUGCUACAACAUGAAUUGUCAGUCUGUGAAUUGCUUCAGCGCCAACACGAGAAAAAAAGCAAUAAAGGGCAGUCACUGGCUAACUCACUAGCCAUCUCUUGUUGAGCAACAGCGCCACCUACAGCUCUGCCAUGAAUAUACAUCUCAGAUAAUGAAUAAGUAGCUGGAUACACAAAGGCUGAGUGAGUGUUAUCAACUCAAUUGGAUUUGCUGACAAGGAUAGACUGAUGCUAAUCCAUCUGCCUCAAGCUGCUCUCCAGUAUCUGAAUCACACAUUGUCAAUGCAAAGCACUCUGGGUAGAGUCAAACAAAUGAGCGCAUUAAACAUUUUCAUUUGUUGACAUAGAUAAAAAAAUAUUUAUACUGUUAUACCUGCAGGUGCUGUGUGCGCCUGAAAAGAGCUCAUCACUCAGCAUUGCCAGUGAUAGUCAUGUGGGAAAAAGCGAUGGUAAAUUGGAAUAUUUUCCAGAUUAAAAUGAGAACACAGCACUAAAAAUGAUGGAUUUCUCAGGCUACUAGUGACAGUCUAAUACUGCUGUGAGGACAUCAAAGCUAAUAAACUUAUGGCUCAACAAUUUACACAUCCGGGACUAACACUGAAGACUAAGCAUGCUGUAUGACGAAUAGAUCAAUAAAUCUUACAAAUCAUUUUGUAUAGGGCAUGAAAGCCAAAUCUGAUGGAUCAAUGGAAAGCUCACGCGAUAUCUUACUUUGGGCUACUUUAUGAAUUCGUUUGUCAUGAGUGAGAUAUCCGAAUCUGUAGAUGAAGUGAAAUGUUGACUACAAAGUUGUAGCUUUCCAUAAAUGGGUACACAUCCAAUUGGAUAAGUCUAUGGGGGAAAUUCAAUUGUGCUUGUUAUUUUUUAAAUGAAAAAACAGGUUUUUACAGUGAUUUUUGCUAGAUAGUCAUUAUCAAUUGUAGCCCUUUUUCUUUGUGUGAAGACUGAACCGUUUUAGUGGUCACGAUCAUGAAAACGGGUCAGUUAUCAUGGAUUUCUUUUCCCUCCUGCCUCCGAUAGUGCCGGCUUUUGGUGCUAAUUAGAUAGACUUCGGGGGAUCAAUUAGCCGUGGCAAUUUAUCAUGGCUAGAUGAAUUCCCCCCUAUGUAUGUUAUUUAAGUAUUCCAAUAAUAUUGUUUAGGUACCGCAGCUCAAGUAGGUUUAGCAAAGCUAAAUGAUAUGUAGAAAUGUAUUUUUAUCAGAAAUAAAUGUAUUUAUAUCUGACAGAUGAUUAGAUUUUAGUUUUGAUAUAUUAGAUUAUAACCUGUUAUUUUAAUUAAAAAUGGUUAAUCAAGAAGAGUUUUCAUUCUUAUGUUUGUCUGAAGCUUUUUAUUGGUAGUGCUAUAUAAAUAGAUUUAUAGAGUGGACUGCACACAAACAUUAUAGAAACUAUAAGAAAAUUAACUCUGGUGUUAGUCUCAAAAAAUGUGUAUAAAUAUCCCAUGUGGAAUUGUGUAUAAAUAAAGAACUGCUGGAAUAUAAA